UCUAUUGCCUUGAGAGUUGAGAGCAGGCUGCUCCGUUAAAAUCAUGUAUGAUUUGGUCUUAUAGUUUCAUAGUUUGGUGGAUAUCUUGUGUUUACAAGUUUAAGUUUAUCACAGAUACAAAUGAAAAUAAUAUAUUAAUAAUAAUGAGAGGAAAAAUCACGAAUAUACCGAACAAAAUUUUCCGCCCUGCGAUCCCUUCAACAAAGAAGCCCGUCAUCGGGGAGCCCGAUGACCCCAAAGACCUUCAAUUCAUCUUACAUAAAAUGCUAUCUGAGGGCCUCAUCAACAAUGCCAUUAAGAUGUUUGACGCUUUAUCUAAAGUCGGCCUUACCCAUGAGGCUUUGGAGCUCUUCUCUCAGAUCAAGGACAAGAGCCACAUGCCUGACGUAGCGGCCCAUACUGCCGUCAUUGAGGUUUAUGCCAAUGCCGGCCGGUCAAAGGAGGCUCCCAAGGUCUUCCUGCGCAUGCUGGCAUGCGGAGUUGCGCCCAAUGCCUAUACUUACACCGUCCCCGCUAAGGCAGUUGCUACUGAUGGGAAAUUGGCAGAUGCCAAGAAGUAUAUCUGGGAAAUGAUAAGCAAGGGAAUACGUCCCAAUGUGGGUACGUACACUGCAGUGUUCCAGGCAUAGGCCGAGGAGAAGAAAGUGAAUAAGGCCAGGGAGUUUCUGUAGCAAAUGAAGGAUAAGGGACUUGUGCCCGAUGAGAAGGCUGUCCGGUAGGUUGUGAAAAACCAGAGAGGUGAGGUAUUUAGAACUUGCCUCAUUUACAUUCUUGACUUGUUAAAUGAGAUUGACAAUCAUGGAAAAAACACAACUACAGAUGGUGUAGGUGUGUUUGGGCCGUCACUGGACUUUCUGAAAAAUAGUUCACUACACCGUCUACACUUUACAGGAAGAUGAAAUCACAGAUGUAAUAUAUAAUUUCUCCUUGGCAGGGAUGGAUUACAACUCACUGAGAUUAGUUGUAACCAUUUGAUCUCUAGAGAAGAAUUGAAAAAAAAAAGAAAGAUAAAAAGGUCCAAAUCAAAUUAGGCCAAUUGAAAAGAA